AUGGCUCCAUCAAAAGUGAAACCGGAACAAGAAACAUUUCCGCCGCAGGAGAUACAUUUACUUAAAGAUGCAGUUUUUGGAUCCAACCAAGUGGAACCUUUUUAUCAAAACUAUCAACAAGAUGUUCCAAUUGCCAUUGAUUUGGGAACCUCCAGUUUAAGAGUCGGAUUAACGAACUCUCCAGAACCAAACAAUAUUUUUCCAGGAAUAAUUUCACGUUAUCGAGAUAGGAAAGCCAUGAAGACAUUAACGAUUAUAGGAAAUGAUGUCUACAGUGAUUCCGCAUUGAGAUCAACAAUCAAGACUCCUUUUGAUGGACCAUUAAUUACAAAUUGGGACUACAUUGAAUAUAUUCUAGAUUAUUCAUUUGAACAUCUUGGAGCAACAAGCGACAACGGGAAGUUGAAUAAUCCAAUUGUGAUGACCGAACCAAUAACUUGUACACACAACCAACGUAAAUCUAUGUAUGAGCUAUUGUUUGAAGCGUACCAGGUUCCUAAAGUAAGUUUUGGGAUUGAUUCUUUAUUUUCAUUUUAUGCAAACUCGUCUGGAAAAUCGAGUGGGUUGGUCAUUGGCGCAGGCAAUCAACUGACAAGUAUUAUGCCUGUAAUUAAUGGCAGGGGGAUAUUAUCCCAAGCUAAACGAAUUGAUUGGGGUGGCGAACAACUGCAACAAUAUCUAUCGAAAUUGUUAGCUCUCAAGUAUCCAUAUUUCCCAAGCAAAUUGAAUAACUAUCAUACUACCAACUUAUUCAAGGAUUAUUGUUACAUUCUGGAAGACUACCAACAGGAAAUUAAACAUAUCUUGGACAUGGAUGUUUUGGAAACAAAAGAUGUAGUGGUACAAGCACCAGUAGAAAUUAAUGUGAGUACCGAGAAGAAAAAAACAGAUGAAGAAUUAGCCGAACAAGCUGCUAAAAGAAAAGAACAAGGUAAAAGACUACAGAAACAGGCUCAAGAAAAACGAUUGGAAAAAUUAGCACAGAAGCAAGAAGAAUGGGAGUAUUUUUCUAAAUUCAAAGAAGAUAAUUCAUCUUUAUCACCAGAAGAGUUUGAAACUAAAUUGAUUGAAAAUGGAUUUGAUGAUCUAGAAGAUUUUAAAAAGUAUAUGGGUUCUCUAGAAAGAUCCUUGAAAAGGGCUAACCAAGGAGGAGAAGACGACCAUGAAGAAGAGGAAAUUGAUCCAUCGAGUGCUUGGCCUUUGGUCGAUAUACCAGACGACCAGUUGACAGCAGAACAGAUUAAGGAAAAACGAAAACAAAAGCUUCACAAAGCAAAUUUUGAAGCCAGAGAACGUAAUAAAGAAAUAAAAAGACAAGAAGAAGAAGCCAGAUUGCAAUUUGAAAAAGAGCAACAGGAAUGGCGUGAUCGUGAUUUGGAUGACUGGUGUACAACCAAGCGUUUAAAGUUGGCAGAGGCUAUUAGCAAAUACAAAGAAAAACAAAAAUUAUUGGAAUCUUUUAAAGAUAGAAAGUCUGCUGCUGCACAACAAAGAAUGAAAUACAUUGCUGAUUUAGCCAAUGACGAGAAUGGCUCAACUUCAACUCAAUCCCGAAAAAGGAGACGUAAUGCCAAUGCAACAAUAGACAACGAUCCAAAUGAUACUUUUGGAGCUAACGACGAGGACUGGAACAUGUAUAGAGAGAUAACAAAUUCCAGUAUUGAGGAAGAAAUGGAACAAAUCAACAGUGAAAUUUUGAAAUUAGAAGAGGAGCUUUUGUUAUACGAUCCAAAUUUCCAUCACGAGGACACUUUUGCUGCGGCAUCAACGUUUGAUUGGAAGAACCUGGUACUUCACAAAUUCAUACACGGUCCUCGCCCAAAUAUUACCAUUGAAAUGCAAGCUGAAGGGUUACUGCCAGAAGAAAUUGCUACCCAUCCCGAAAUGAUUCGUAAAAAUCAUCAAAUGCACUUGAAUGUCGAAAGAAUCAGGGUUCCAGAGAUAUUGUUUCAGCCGAGUAUUGGUGGUAUUGAUCAAGCUGGAAUCAGUGAGAUUGCUGAUGAUUUGUUGAAUAGUAGAUUGGACGGAAAUUUUACAUCAGGUGGCCAGUCCUACGAAAUUUUGGGGGACAUAUUUUUGACGGGCGGAUUAUCACUUUUACCUGGAUUCAAAAAUAGAAUAAUGUCAGAUUUUAGAUCAUUCCUUCCAGAGGGAGUGCCAUUACAUGUGAGAACAGCCAAAGACCCUAUUUUGGAUCCAUGGCAUGGUAUGUACAAGUGGGCAAAUAGUGAAGACAGCUCUGAUGGCUAUGUAACAAAAGAAGAAUAUGAAGAAUAUGGCCCUGAAUAUAUUAAAGAACAUGGACUUGGUAAUGCUUGCUUAAAAGAUUAA